UAAAUAUUAACUUUAUAAUUAGCUAAAUAUACUUCAACUAAUUACUUAACCGAUUAUUUUUUGUGAUAAAAACUACGAUUACAAUCGACCUACUGAAAUAAACGAAACAUUGUAACUAAAAAACUACUUUAUAACACAAACUAGAUUUUAUUUAGUCAACUUGAAAACUUCAAACAGUGAACAUUGACUAAAGUAGGUAGAAAGUCGACUUUAUUUAUUUCUUUCGGGGAAUUCUAAAGGAGUUUAUAUACUAUCCUUUACCGUGGCCUUUGAGGACGUUCCGCUCGGGUCCGGCGGUGCAGCCGUCCCGAACCUAACGCGGACUACAUCACGACAGUGCAUAGCUUGCGAUCACCGAGCCAAACUGCUGCCGGAGAUACCCGAGCCGGUGUCAGCUCCGCCGGUGCUGAUACCGACUCCCGUGCCUGAAGAACCGGUCUUUGUUCGUCAAACCCGUGAAACCGGUACCGUGAUGACGGCGAAACCGGAGAACGUACGAGAAGUGUUGGAAGACAGGGACCCUAAUAGCCUGAACCAACACGUGCAGAUAGUAUGGGACGACAUCAUUGGCGAGCCGGAAGGCGCACGGAGCCCGGAGUGCGCCUGGAGAUUGAGCCACGCAUGCUUCCGGCACGCUCGCAACUGGUGCUACACCGUGCUGGCCGUGAUACUGGCGCCACCCUGCGCACUACUGCUCGGCUGCGGAUUCGCUUGUCUUGCUUUUGAACAAAUCUGGUGCACAGCGCCGUGUCUCCGCUGCGUGAAGAUCUACUUCGCAUCGCUCCGCACGAUGGUGCAGUCCUGCAUGGCAGCCAUUGUAGUGCCUGCUGCAGACGCCGUGGGCCACAUCUGCAGGCAUAUCAGGGUCAACUUUAGGAAGGAUGCUCCUGAGGAAAAGGAUCUAUUAAUCGUUUAAAAAUGGAAUUAAAAAAUCAUCAUCAUCAACUGGAAGAUGACCACCAAUGAACAAAGACCUCCCUUAAUAAAUGACAACUUACCACUUACAUUAAACGAUUCUCCACGACUCUGACGAUUUCGUCAGUCCACCUAGCGGGAUUCUUGCCCAUGUCACGUCUUCCUGUUCAUGGUCGCCAGUCGAAGACACCCUUGGGCUAUAGACUUCAAUUUCUUCAAGCGAAAGAAUCUUUAUAUAUAACCAAAACUUAUACGCAAUGAUAGUGUAAAUUCUGUAAAUUAUAAGGCGUGAUGUACCUACUGUGCCAUAGUUGUAAUUAAAUAUUAAAUGAUGUCAUAUAACCUAGUCAUAAAUUUUAAGAUAAACUUUUUA